AUGCAGACGGGGCAGUUAUUGCGCGCUCCGAUCAAUGAAUGGAGGCCGCUCGCACAACGUUUUGCCAUGGAUGGUUCCCCACUGGCACAUGGUGGAACACCAGUUCUUGUGAACCACAAUGGCUUGGAGGAAGAGGAAGACCACGAUCUUCUGGAUGCAAGUUCAGAAGACGAAGAGUCGCCUCCCCAUCUUAUUUUCACCGAUGGAUCCUGCUCGGAUUCACAACUCUCACAAGAUGGUACAAAAAGCACUUUGUCUGCUUGUGAUAACUUCGAUCAGUGCAGAUCGCCAGAUUCGCAGAUAUGUGCGUCUACCAUAGCUGAAGGAAUCGAAGACUGUGGUGCUGAAGUCACUCCAAAGAAAGAGAGCGAUGGAAGUACAUGUUUAGGCAUUGAGGAGAAGGAUGUUGACAUUGCUGUAGAACCUAGUACAAGCUACUCACCUUAUCUGGAGAGAGACGAGGGAAGUCGCUUUCUGUCUGUCAGCUUUUUGAGAUUGUAUACGUCUUUCCUUUCUAUAAUUAGAGUGCAUUUACAGGUGGACAUGGAUGUUUCUUCCGGAGAUGAUUUAGAUGAACCCAAAAACACUAUAGCAACUUUGCAUGCUUCUACUGCCACUGCUCAAUUAUCACGGAAUGUUCAACCUACACUGGAAGAGAAGAGGAGGAUUGAAGAAAAUAUACAGGCUUUAAUGCGAGAAUUCGAGCGGAAACGUCUUGAGGAGAAAAUCCUGAACGUUGCAAGUACCGUCAAUUUGAAGCAACAGGAAACAGCUACUGUUGAGAGCAAGCCUGGCUCUCCGGUUGCUCUAGGACUAACAUCUGUAGGGGACUUGCAAAAUGCACAGGGUUCUUCUUGUUGUGAUGGUGAAGAACAAUUGUUGGCAAAGCCGGAGCACUCACCAACAAAGCACUCGCCCCCUGAUGAUAGCGUUGAUGCUUUGUCAAUUACAUCUGCAUCUGAAACGAGACAGAGUGGGAGAGAUGACGGGUCUUGCGAACUCCCUUCUUCGUCUGUUGAAGUUCCGCCGGUGCCAACGUAUGAAGAGAUAGAACAGUGUAUCUACAGAGUGGAGAGCAAGAAGAAAGCUGUUUCGCUAAUGUGUUUUUGUCGCAGCAAUGACAUGGAUUGCUCUGACAGCAGAUGUGAUAAUCGGGCAAUGCUCACAGAGUGUCCAAAAAAUUGCUUAGGAAAAGAUAAAGAUUGCAAAAACAGACGGUUUGCAAAGCGUGAAUAUGCAGCUGUACAAGCCUUCUAUACUGGACCCAGUAAAGGUUUUGGUGUGCAAGCAGUCGCGCCUAUCAAAAAGGGUCAAUUCAUCAUUGAGUACGUUGGUGAAGUUGUUUCCUCAGAAGAAUUUGCGAAACGUUUGAAGAGAUAUGGACGUGAUCCUUCUCACACUCAUCACUAUAUGUUUGAAAUUGGAUCGAUGAUCAUCGAUGCCACGAAAAAGGGGAAUUGUUCUCGGUUCAUGAAUCACUCAUGCGAGCCUAAUGCUGUCUGUGAAAAAUGGUAUGUACCAAGAACUCCAUGCGCAAUUGACCGGAUUGGAUUCUUUGCAAAGAGGGAUAUUGAGUUGGGCGAAGAAAUUACAUUCGACUACCAGUUUGAAAACUACGGGCGCGAAGCACAGCGUUGUUUCUGUGGAACACCUUCCUGCACAGGGUGGAUAGGAAAACCGCCAGAGAUGGUAGAUGAUGGUGCAGCGGAUGACGAGUCUGAAUCUGAAAGCGAUGACAGUGACAGGAGUGCAGACGAAGAAGUGAAGGCCUCUGGACGAAUAGCACCUGCUCGGAAGAAACAUAGAUUUCGCGGUCGAGAUAACUUAACCUUGGCUGAAAUAGAGGAGAGGCUCGAAAAAGCACUGGCGACUGGAUGUCGCAAUAGAACUCAUGUUCUGGGAUGGAUUAAACUCAUGACGGAAAUUACCAUUUUAAAAAAUGAAUCUGGUGUACUUCGGCCAAUGCAUCGAAUUGCGGACUCCAUAUGCUCCAUUGAGCCUUCCUUGCAACACAUAUUCGUAGCUAAUGGCUUACCCAAUAUUUUCAAAAUGUGGUUACGAACAUGCUUUCCCGAUGUUUUGUUCGGUGAAGCCCUCGAUUUGAAGCUUGUCAUCAUCCGAUCACUAACAAUGAUGCAGUCUUGUGCUGAUGCAAUUAAUGCACGGGCUCCUGAAAUAUUACCGAUGGUAGCUGAUUUGGCAUCGUUGACGAUCACAGACAGUAUUUACGUCAGAGAUACCGUGAACUUCAUAGUAGAUAAGGUCUCCGAGACAGAAGGAUCGAACGCACAGAAAGUGAGUUCUCGUAUUCCUCUAGAAGUGCGGAUAGACCGCCUAACUAGGGCUGCGAUACGUCUCCAAGCCGUUCUUCAACAGCAUGUCACAUUCCGAAUUCCUAAAAAGAAGACGAGCAGAGCAUCCGGUGGCCAAGAAGUUGACCAGCUUUCAAGUGAGGAUCACGAUGGAUUAUCCAGGAGUGGCCAUGAUCGCUUUUUGAAUUUUCGUGAUCGGCGGAAUGGAGCUGUCUUUUCGUCCAUGGAUCGCUUCUGCACAGUUGUAGGUCAGAGAAGGCCAACUCCUCGCUUCCGGAUAUCUCGUUGGAGUAACGACCGACCUCUGAAAAGAACUAGGAGUUCUUCUAGAGAGCGAAGUAAAAACGCGUUUGAACAUCGACGCUUUAUGAAGCGUAACCGUUUAAUUGAUGACGAACCUAUAAUUGUGACUAAAGUUAUACCUAAUUGGCCUCGACCUACUAUUACUACCAGUAUUCCCCCUCCACCACCACAGAUACUAUCACCACCACAAGUCAUUCUUGCUCCUCCACCACCAGCGUUACCUCCAGUAUUCCCUCCCGCUCCACCCUUCAACGAUUACGUUCCUUAUCCUGGCUUUCCAACUGUUGACUUACCGGGAUUCCAUGCUCCAAGUGAAUGUCCCCAAGCAGCAGUCGACGAUUUUGACCCAGAAGAGUGUCGGAAAUACUAUGAGGCUUACGACAUACUUUCUUUACAACAACGUUCGCAGAGUCUCCUCAAAGAGAUGGCAAUAGUGCAAUCGAUUCUGGAACAAAAGAUUGACAAGAAGCAGCCGUCGACGACAAAAGUAAUAACACCGAAAUCACCUCCAGUACCCAAAACUCCUCCACCACCACCGCCGCUUAAGGAGUACUUGUGGAGGAAAGCAGUGGAUGAAGAUGGAGCCAAAUAUUAUUACCACAAAAUAACUCGGGAAUCUGUUUGGGAACUUCCGGAAGGGGAGGAAAGUGAUCCUGGUGAACGCACCCCCACGCGCAUGCCAGAUACCUCAGGAUGCGGCAACGAUCUUGAGUCAGACAGCACUGAUGCGAACAAACAACAGAAUGAUUUGUUGUUGCGUUGGUCUUCGAUGUGCUCUCCUCAAGUGUCCACUUCUACCAGUACCCAGUCUGUAGCGCCUGCAGCUUCAUCAUCGGCUACCUGCAGUAGUCUCGAUGGCACUCAGAAAACAUGUGAGAAAAAACGCGAUCGUGAACGGCAUGUCUGGGAGCGAUUUGCAAGCGAUGUUGAUCGCAAACGUGCCAAGAAACUAAUGGGUGAAAUCGAGAAAGUGGUUGGUCCUAUCAUAAUUCGUUAUAUAGGACAUCGUGAGGAUGCUACGAAGAAAAAGAAGGAAUGGAUCAUUAAACAGGUGAGCAAGGAGAUGCUAAAACGUGAGUCGGAGCGGCCUGAUUUCAACUUCAGCCUGACAGAGAAAGGCUCUAAGCGGGUAACUGACUACGCCGGUGCGUUCAUUCGGCGGAAGUGUGCUAAAGAACCAAAGGAACUUUGGAAAGGUUAUGAAGGUUCUCCUUAG